GACUCUAAACAGCUUUCUCAAGAAAUCAAAAUUCCCUAGAGAUUGGAGAAAAGGUGUAAAAGAAAAGACGUAUAGAGAAAAAUUGCGAGCGAAAUCUAUAACGAUACAUAAGGAAUUUUCUAGACUUGGGUUAAUUCAUUUGCGAAUAUUUUGAUUAUUGUUUCAGGCUUGCGAUUAGGGCGUUCUAGUUCUCGAUCUGCUUGACGAUUUUUCGAUCUUUUAUCGAUCGAUCUUUAAUUUGUUAGGGUUUUAUUUCUUCUGCAAAGCUUUGGAUUCGAUUUAGUUGUACAAUGAACGAUCAGAAUUCGAUGAUAAAUCAAGCUCAAAUGAUUAGUAUGAACCAUCCGCAGAUGGCAAACCAGCCUCCUCAUGUGAUCAACCAACAACAGGUGAUUAAUCAACCUCAGUUUCUGAAUCAAAGCCAGGUGAUGAACCAUUCUCAGAGAAUUUCGCCGAAUCUUUUGCCGCAGCAGCCUCAGGCCAUGUUGCAGUCCGGGAGGAUCAUCAGUCAGACUCAGCCGCCUAUGAUGAAUGGCAACUAUAAGGUAUGGGGUCACCCGCAGGCUCCUUUGGAUCCUAACAAGAAGUUCCGCAACUUCCCGAAGCCUAACUAUGGAAAUAUGAAGCAGUCAGGGUCGGGGCGAGGCAAUUGGAAGGGAAAAGGUGUUAGUGACAAGAGGACAAACAAUAGGAGAUCGGUAAAACCCUUACCGGGUUCUCUAAGUGCUCAAAAUAAUGGUGGUGGGUAUCAACCUCCAAGUCUUUAUGAGUUGCAGUCUCAAAAUCGUAACAAAGCUCGUAAGUUCUAUUCAAAAAAGAAGUUCAACAACAGGUUUGCACCUUAUGCACCUCGGAAUACCUCGUCUUUUAUAAUUCGUGCAAAAAAGUCUGGUGGGAUCGCUUCACUUGUGUCUCCUUGUCCUGUAACUCCAGCAGUACUCCCUUCUCCAAUGUUCUCCCCUUCAAGGGAGGCGUUGGGUGAUAUGGCGAAAGAAGAAUGGGGUGUUGAUGGUUAUGGAUCAAUGAAAGGGUUAAUUAGGCUUCGAGGUUCUGAGAAUAAGGCGGAAGUGCAGGUGGAAGAAGAAGAGGAAGGUAGUGGUGGGUCGAGUGAUAGUGACGUAGAGGAACAUUUGGAGGUAGAACGUAGAUUGGACCAUGACUUGAGCCGGUUUGAGAUGAUAUAUCAGAACUACGGAGUAGAGUACAAUAACUGUUUGGAAAAUACGGUUGAUGAUCAGGAUAGCCAUAUAGCUCAGUUGGAAGAGGAGAACUUGACACUGAAGGAGAGACUUUUUAUUAUGGAGACUGAGGUUGUUGAGUUGAGGAGGAAGUUGCAACUUCUCGAGGGGGGAAACGCAGCUAUCGACGAUGUGAAUGAGGAAGUAGUGGAGAACGUAUCUGAGAAUGAGAGUGAUGGAGGCUUGGAGAUUGAGUAUGUAUCUGAAAUUAGACAAAACCAAGAUAUUAAUGUUGAUUCUAAGGAGGAAGAUGAAAAAGUCUUAGAGAUUGAGGGGAAGUCGUAAAUAGGAAUGCAUACACUACCAUAAUUGUGGGUAUUGAUUACACUUAAAUUUAAGAAAUGGGAAGAAAAAUAUACAGAUAAAAUAGGGGAGUGCUGGCGGAUGACAAUUAUAUACUGCAAUCUAUUUGGUUAAUUGAAAUUAAUUUCUUACACCAAAUUCGCUGUCCUUCAUUUUCAUUUCAAAGCCAGCGGUUCCCUUUCUUUUCCUUGAAAUCUCUUUUACCUCUCACCCACCAUGGAAUAGCCUUAGCUUGCUUACCAAGAAAGUAGUUAACGAUCCUGACCUUCAAAGUCACCGCCAUUGAGAUUGAAGUGGCGGCCAUUGAAACAACUUCCCGUCGUAUUCAGGAAGUGUAAUUAUUGCUUGUGGUGAGAGAAUGUGAAGGUGUAUGAUGGGCCGUGGCUAGGAGACAGGGAAUGAUAUGAGUUAACGGAUUUCUCUGAUCUUUUCUUCCUCUUGGUCUUGAUGAGUUAAGCCAAGGCAACAUCAAUUAGCGUUGCUGAUGGUAGUAGCCCAUUACGAUGAUGUUGAUGUUGUCAGAGCUAUAUGGUCCAACGGUGAACACUAGUUGUUAUCUAACUCAUCACUGAAUUGUUGUAAUUUGGUUACUCUUGAUUUACUCUAAUGAUUGAAGAUUAAAAAAAGUUAAGAACGGUCCCACUACGAGCAAGAAAUAAACUCUUUAUGUUGCUAAUGAACUUAUCUUGAUUUGUAGUAAACCAUCAAUUUAAGCAAUUGUUUUGACCGGUUGAUAGUUCCCUAUGAUUUUUCUUUUAAUUGAGAAAUAUACCUCAUAACUUGUACGCACAUGGUUUAUGUCAAUUCUAUUUCCUUUCUUCCCUUGAUGGCUUGGGUUUGUGAAUUCUAUUUCGUUUUGUUCCUCGAUGGCGGGGCUUUGUCACCUCUAUUUCUCCUCUUACAUUGGCCUUGUUAUAGUUGGUUGUUAUAUUAAAUUUAAUAUUGUGCUUGAAUUGUUGGUGUUGGAAGUCAGUAUGCAGUAAUGGCAUCACUUCUCUUAGGCAGAGAGAAGUCUGACAUUUGUGAGGUAAGGCAUUUGCUAUUAAACCUAAAGGUAUCAUUGAAUUCUAUUUUCCAUUGUUAUUAUCUUGGAAAAGGAAGGCUGACCUUCACUCUCUUUUUUGUCUUUAUUGUGAUCUUCCAAUUUUCGAAGCUUUACGGUUUCUUGUGUAACAUAAAAAUCUCAUAUUUGAUUUUGAUUGAAAUUAUGUAUUGCUUUGAUUGAAGGAUAGAGGGAAGUGAUUAUUGAUAAUGAUGAUAUUCUCUCUCCCUUUCUUACAAUAAGUAUAGUAGCGGCAAAAAUUUACUACAUGUUCUUCUACAUUGAAAGGAAAGACCAAAAAAUGCAUAGGGUGCCCAUGAGCGUAUCUGCAAGAGGAUAAGGUGGUGAACUAAAAUGGCUCGCAAAACCAUAUCAUUAAAGUGGGAGCCUGAGACAUACAGUGAAGUUGGAGAUUAGGUGAUAGUGAAGGAUGAAAUUGGGUAAGCGAUAGAUGAACAGCUUUUCGAAGACGUCAAAGCAAAACAUUGAAGAAAUGAAAGGCAAACUUGUUUUGGAGAAGUAAAUGAAUGCAAGGAUUUGGAUGAGAAGUUGGCUAAUAUUUUGCACACAGGUUCCAAGAUUGGGAACGAGACCAUAGCCAAUGACAGCACAAUAGAGUUGUACCUGUAAUGAUAGUUUUGGAUGUAAAGGCAGACUGUGAAGACUCGAUGGAGAUUUCCAUAUCAGGAAGCAAACAAGAUAUCUUUCCUUAUUGCAAAUUGAAAGCAUCUUUUGUAUGCAUUUCUGAUAUUUUUGGAUAUUUCAUCCAAUCGAUGAAAACAUAUCUUAAAAAUCAACUGUGGUAAAGGAUUGGCCUACACGUCCGAAGUGAUUGCAUAAAUGAUAAAUUUUGUGUAAAUGUAAGGUAUUCCUUGAAGAA